AUGACUCUUAAUUCGUAUACCUCCGUCAAGAAAGCCAAUGUACAGAACAAAAUCUUGUUUGUGUGCCAUGACUCGUCUGUAGUAAAACUACUCCGCCCGCUUAUAGAGCACAACGACAUGCUGGCCCUCUAUCUCCUUCCUUUCAGCGCUGCUCCAGAUGCGUCUUACGGUUCCUACGACUAUGCACUAAUUGCACACGCACGGCCGCAGCUAGUGUAUGAUUUCGUCUCCAGGCAGAUCCCGCUAUGGUUUUCGGAUGUAGACAUGGUAUGGAACAAGAAUCCCUGGCCGUUCAUAUCAGACUUACAAGGUGAGGGACAUGAUAUAGUUGUGCUGAAAGACGGCCCAAAAUUUGUGCUGGAUUUUUUUUUGCGGUUGGCGGUACUACCUCCAACGGGACCGUUGCGCUGUUCAGGGAGUGGAAAGAAAGAAUCAAAGGGAAGCGACUGA